AUGAGUCGAGAUCGAUAUUUUGCUAUUAAACGAGGUCUCCAUUUUUGUGACGAAGAAACUGGUGACAAAUCCGAUGAAAUUUACAAAGUUCGAAUGCUUUUAACGCAUAUAACACAAGUUAGUCAACAUUUGUAUGUACCAAAAAAGGAGUUAUCCGUUGACGAAUCGUUGGUAGCAUUUAAAGGCCAAUCCGGAUACAUGUUAAACCUAUUGUGUCAUUGUGGUGAUGAGUCUACUUCGUCAACAAAAGAUAUUGUUUUGAAGUUACUUGAAUGUAUGGGUGAAAUGUCUGGUCAUGAUAUAUAUACAGACAAUUAUUACACAAGUAUUGAAUUGGCCGAAGAAUUGAUUUACCGCGGGAUGAGUUUAACGGGAACAUUAAGAAAAAACCGAAGAGGAUUACCACUUAAUUUUAAAAAAUUUGCCCUUAAAUUGUCACGCAAACAACCUGGACCUUUCUACAUGAGAAAGGAUAAGAUUUGUUGUAUGGCAUGGUAUGACAACAAGCAAGUUCUGGCUUUGUCUACACAUUUAACCAAAGGGGAAGUCAAUAUACAGCGUCGAUCAAGAAAAAGUGAUACUGGUUUUGUAACAAUAAAUUCACCAAAUAUUAUCGAGAGUUACAAAAAAUUUAUGGGUGGCAUUGACAGAUAUGAUCAACGAUUGAGUUAUCAUUCAUAUCCUCACAGAGUAUUGUAUUGGCCACAAGUCAUCUGGCAUUUGGUUGUCAGCGUUAGCCUCAAUAACUCUUUUAUUGUAUAUAAAGACAAGACAUCAAAACCAAUAAGUUCAAGUGAUUUCAAGUAUCUAACGGCCCGACGGUUAUUGCAAGUAAGCGAGAAAUCGAUUUCAUUACAUGCAUGUUGUUCUUCGGCGUUAACAAAAAUUGACACAAAACCUCUUAAACGUGAUUGCGUCAUGUGUCAAAAGUUAGACAACUUUGUUGGUAUUCAUACGGACGAGACAUCCAAUGCCAUCAAUUGGAUUCGUGACAAUCAAUUGUACGGAUUGUCAGCACUCGAAUUAACCACUUUGGCCAACAGUACAGACAAAAACUAUUACGGAGAAGAAUGGGUUUCCAGAUAUACGGCUCAAUUGAUUCUAAAAACAACAGUUUGUUUCUGA